UCACCGCGAGCGCGGGGAUGUCUGUCGUCUAGACAGGCGGCACCCUCCCUCCGUCCCCGGUGAGCCCGCGGGCCGCGGGGGGCGCGGGGGAUGGGAGCAGAUGAGGAACCCGAAUCGGUGGAGCCAUUGCGGUUGCAGCUUUGGACAUUCCCUACGGUGGUGAUUCUGUUGGCUUUUUGUUAUUAUUCCUGUCGCCACGGUGUGAUUGGGCCUGGGGAAUAGAUCCUUCAGGCGGAGCGGGGGUUAAGUUGACAGGCUCUGAAAAGCCAGCUCGCGGUGGCGAGUGACCCGAACGGCCGCGGCGUCGGCUCCGGCUCGGGCUCUUCAGGACGAGGAGCAGCCCGGACGCAGCCCCUGAGCUGGAGGGAUGGAGAAUUCCUCCGCCGCGUCAGCCUCGUCCGAGGCUGGGAGCAGCCGCUCACAGGAAAUCGAGGAGCUGGAGCGUUUCAUCGACAGCUACGUGCUCGAGUACCAGGUGCAGGGGCUGCUGGCCGACAAGACGGAGGGGGACGGCGAGAGCGAGCAGACCCAGUCCCACAUCUCCCAGGAGGAAGCACUCAAUGGUGGACCACCCAUGCAAAGCUUAACUGAAGAAUGGACAACGGACUGCAGUGAACAGCUGGACAGCAGCUGUUCCUUCUCCCGAGGGCGAGCCCCCACACAGCAGAAUGGCAGCAAAGACAACUCUCUGGACAUGCUGGGCACGGAUAUCUGGGCUGCCAACACCUUUGAUUCCUUCAGUGGUGCCACCUGGGACCUGCAGCCCGAAAAGCUGGACUUCACGCAGUUCCACCGGAAGCUGAGACACACGCCCAAGCCGACCCUGCCACACAUUGACCGGGAAGGGUGUGGAAAAGGGAAGCUAGAAGACGGGGAUGGGAUCAACCUGAAUGACAUUGAGAAGGUCCUCCCGGCCUGGCAGGGCUACCACCCGAUGCCCCAUGAAGUAGAGAUCGCCCACACGAAGAAGUUGUUCCGGAGGAGGAGAAAUGACCGAAGACGGCAGCAGAGGCCUCCGGGAGGGAACAAGCCCCAACAGCAUGGUGACCACCAGCCGGUCAGUGCCAAACACAACAGGGACCACCAGAAAUCCUACCAGGGGGGCUCGGUGCCUCACCCCUCAGGGAGGCCCACUCAUCACGGCUACAGCCAGAACCGGCGCUGGCACCACAGCAACAUGAAGCACCCGCCAGGCGACAAGGGGGAGGCAGGCGCCCACCGCAAUGCCAAAGAGACCGUGACCGUGGAGAGCCCCAAACUUGAGGAUGCCCUGGGGGACACCGGGCACGGCGGCCUCGAGCCCCCCCGCAGCCCUGAUGCCCCAGCCUCAGUGGCUUCCGAGAGGCUGCCCCCACCGCAGCCGGGGGGUCCAGAGGCCGAGACAAAGCGUAAAGACAGUAUUAUUCCCGAGCGCAUCGGGGAGCGGCCCAAAAUUACCCUGCUCCAGUCUUCCAAAGACAGGCUGCGGCGAAGGCUGAAAGAAAAGGUACCGGACGAAGUGGCCGUGGAGACCACCAACCCUCAGCAGAACAAGAUGGACAAGUUGAUUGAGAUCCUCAACAGCAUGCGGAACAACAGCAGUGACGUGGAUGCCAAGCUCACCACCUUCAUGGAGGAGGCCCAGAACUCGACCAACUCCGAGGAGAUGCUGGGAGAGAUCGUCCGGACCAUCUACCAGAAGGCCGUGUCCGACCGCAGCUUCGCCUUUACGGCCGCAAAGCUCUGCGACAAGAUGGCACUCUUCAUGGUGGAGGGGACCAAGUUCCGGAGCCUGCUCCUCAACAUGCUUCAGAAGGACUUCACGGUGCGGGAGGAGCUGCAGCAGCAAGACGUGGAGCGCUGGCUUGGCUUCAUCACCUUCCUGUGCGAGGUGUUCGGCACCAUGCGCAGCAGCACGGGCGAGCCCUUCCGCGUGCUCGUCUGCCCCAUCUACACCUGCCUCAGGGAGCUCUUGCAAUCUCAGGAUGUGAAGGAAGACGCCGUCCUGUGCUGCUCGAUGGAGCUGCAGAGCACAGGCCGGCUGCUGGAGGAGCAGCUGCCCGAGAUGAUGACCGAGCUCCUGGCCAGCGCCCGCGACAAGAUGCUGUGCCCCUCAGAGUCCAUGCUGACCCGGUCGCUGCUUCUGGAGGUCAUCGAGCUCCAUGCCAACAGCUGGAACCCUCUGACGCCCCCCAUCACUCAGUACUACAACAGAACCAUCCAGAAACUGACAGCCUGACAGCCAGGGGGCCUGGCGGGCGGCCCGCGGGCAGCUGGGGCCCUGGUACACAGGGCCAGAUGGACAGGCGGGAGGACAGGGGUGGCCCUGGCGGGAGAAAGAAAUGGGGAGGAAAGUAGGCAGAGCCGGCGGCCAGUCUGGAGCCAGACCGGGAAGGAGUGCCCCUCAUCUGAGCCCCCCCAGCCCCAAGCAUGUGGCAGUUCACACCAAUAAGGGAAGCAUGUUUCUUUCUCAUGGUGGCCCCGAUCGCCCCUCCCCACUCCCGCUCCUCCCCGCCCCCUCCCAUCAAACGCGUCCCCCGCAGGGCUUUGUGCGAGGGGUUUCAUCUCUGUGACUCCGCUGAGGCCCUGGCAGCUCCGCACGCCGGGGUACCGCUUGGGUCAGAAAGGACCUCAGAAGGCUGAAAAAGUGGGUCGGAGACGGGCUUGCAUUGUUCCUGCUGUCAGCCGCAGUCGCCAACUGCUGCCAAGCAGGCGACAGAGAGCAGAUGUCCGGGAGGACAAAGGCGGGCAGGGUCCCCACCAGCCGCCCGUAAUUGACGGCCUUUGUCCGCCACGGUCGAGCUGGGGGGGCUGGGGGACGGAGGCUUCUCCCCUAACCUUCACGCUGCCCCCUCCCCGCUUCCAGGUCCUCCUUUUGGCCCCCAAGCCUCAGGGAGGGGGGCCCAGGGGGCAGGGAGCAGGGAGGGGAGCUGGAGUUGGCGAAUUCUACUUGUACUCUUGUGUUUUAUUGUUUUAUUUUCAAAAGUCAGCUGCUUUGAAGUCUCCUCUCUCAAUGAAAAGAGCCCGAGAUGUGAUCACACAGUCAGCGCCACGAGGACCCCCUGAUUAGUGGAAGAUCAAACCCGGCUCCCUCUGGAAGGAUUCUAGCCACAGACAGCUUGCCAGUAGCCAAUUAGGGUAAUUGGAAACUUCUGCCCCGGCGGGGGUCCUGCUGGAACCCUGUGUCCUCAGCCCUUGGCUUCCAGUACCCCUGUUCUCUCAUUCUAGCUGUGCUGUGUCAAUGGGCCGAUACUGUCGCAGGCCCCCGGGAGUGUGUAUCCUGGCCCGGGGGCCUGGUGGUGAAUGGGGCACCGAAGGAGGCUGGCAAAUUAAAGCCAAAAUGCUAGGUGAUGUUGCCCGCGCCACACACGGGUCUCGUCCCAAGCUUAGUGGGGGGGCAUGUGGCCGUUGGGGACUGCCUGGCUCCCCAGGACUCGGCGUCUGGCUAAAUGGGCUGUGCCGCUGCCCCGGCCUCAUCACAGGCAGGACCCAGCAGCCCAGGCCCCCCCCACAGCCAAGGUCUCUGCGCUCCGGGAGGGCUCUGGGCACUGUAGCCCCUGAGCUGUGGGGAACGGUGCGUUCAUUGAGUCUUGAGCGUAACGGUCGGGUGACUAGGUGAGGCCGCCAGACAGAUCUUUCCAGGCUGGGAACAAGGCUGGGGGUUCUUGAAAGGGUCAGGUCCUGGGAAGAGCCCCUUCUCUGUUGGAGGAGGAUGCGGGUCGGGCUCUAGGAGGCUGGCUUCCGGGCUGUCACGGCAUCCGCACAGCCCCAUCUCUGGGGUCUGGAGUCCAUACUUUGAUAAGCCCCCAUAAAAUGACUUCAGAGCCCAGCAGCUCCCUUUACUGAGGCUGGUCACUCACUCCCUGUGUCACUGGAGGGCCCUGGCUGCCUGGUCCGCUCAGGCUGGCCAGGGGGUGAGGGCUGGAGGUUUCCCUUUGUGGACUCCAAGUCUGGAGGAGCAGGCAGGUCCCCCAGUACUCCCUGGCUUUCUCCACCUGCUGCAACCUGACCUUCAGCCCUGGGAUGGGAGCCUUUGCCAAGCCCAAGGAAGAGCGUGUUGGAGACACAUGUCGGGGGGCACAGGUUUACCUGGAAUGGGUCAGUAGCCUCCAAGAGGCCCGUGCUGCCUCUGCCCCUGGCCUUUGCCUCCUCCCCUCUUCAAGCUUCUCCUCGCUGCCCUUCCUUCUCAGUGGGCUCCUUCAGCCCAACCUGGGGCCCCGGGACACCAGGGGCCCCAUGGGAGGCCCCGAGGGAAGAGCUAGACUGAAAUUAGGGGGCUCAGAGAGGGCACUGGGGGAAUCGUGGUCUCAAGGAGUCAGGCAGCCCCAACAGAGCGCGCAGCCGCUCCCUGGAAGGCCCCGGAGAGCUGUGUCUGGGCUGAAAUGGGCUAGCGCCCCCGGAGUGCACAGUGUGCGUGUGUGUGUGUGUGUGUGCGCGUGUGUGUGUUUGUGAGCGCAUCUGCUGAGAACGAAGUAGGGCCCCAGAGGAAGAGAGUGGCCCAGGGGAACGGGGUCUCCUGCUCCUUCCACGGGGCAGAGAGCAAGCUUCACGAAGGGGCCCCAGACACCGUGCAUGCAGGGACUGAUGUUCCCAGGAAAGCUGAGACCCGUGACAUCGCGGGUGCCAUGGACCCAAUGCCUCUUCCUCCUAACGGCCUCCUUGGUGGUCUUGCCUCAGGGCCACCCCUCCUUGACUGUUAGGACCAGAGUAUGAAGAAGUAAGAUAUAAAUAUGUAUACAUAUAUAAAUAUAUUUUUAAUUACGUGUCGUGUCACGGUGGCUCCAGACGUAUGGUUUGCCUAGUUUAUCUCCAUUGCUUGAAAGUGCUUCCUGGCCAAUCCAAAUAACAGUUUAAGCUGUUUUUCUAAAUGCAGGUUGCUGCUACUCUUUGAGACAUGGAAGGAAAACGUUUAAAAAAAAAAAAAAAGAAACUUUUUUUUUUUUUAAGGAAAUAAGAGUGAAACGUAAAAUCUGUGACUCUGAAGCAGCUUCCCGUGGGAGACUACUCAGGAGCUGGGGGCAGAAGUGGGUUCCCCACAGACCCCCUAGCCUCUCCCUAGGCCAGACCCCCCCCCCACCACCACUUGUGCUGAGUGAGGAAGGCCAUAUCCAAGUUGACCUCUGAAUGUAUUUGGUGGGAGGCAAAACUGGAUAUUGCAUUUCUAAGGCUCGUGUUGUUUUCCCUACUCGCCCGCGGCUUUCUUGGCGCAGCGAAGAGGCGAAGUCCGGCCAUCUGAUGUUGAUCCUGUCUCGGUCUGUCCCCCCUGCCAGUCAAGACCAGAUAGCCAUUGUUUUCCUCCCGGGCGGCCAGCCUGCUCACCACAGCCCUGCUCCCCUCGGCCUUGUGGCUUUGCCUCAGCGCUGGGACCGCAACCCCAAGAAGGCUCCUAAUCUCCCCUGGAUAAGGUGGGGGCCCCACCGUCCUCCGUGGGGAAUGCUUACCCCACACCCAGUCUCGUCUGUUCGUCCUUCCUUAAUCAGUCUGUAAACCUUUAAGGUUUAGGGAUCGCCCUGCCCAUCCAUGUAAAUGUAAAUGUUGGCCGAGUUGGUAUUUAUUCUAAUUUUUAUUUUAUUUUAUUUUCUCUGAGGGACGGGGAGGGGGGGUGUGGGAAAUGUACCCCUGAUCGCGCCCUGGGCAGCUGCAGGGGCGGGGACCCAGACAGCCGGGCCGCCGUGAGGAGCAGCCCCACGGGGCCACCCCCAGACGCCACGUUCCAGUCCCUUAUCUGGCAUCAGAACCCGGCCAGUGCUCUCAGGGCCUGCCCGUGGAGUCCUGUCCCUCAGCUGCUGGCGCUCUGUUGGGACCUCUGCCUGGGCCUUUAAGGAUGCAGAUCAGAGAGAAGACAGCUCUCCUCUGCUCGGGACACUGGCGUAGAGGGCUGCCCACCUCGCCUGAGCCAGCUGGGAGCCUGGCCAUAGGACCUACCUCCCUGGAGCAGGGGCCUGGGGCUUCCCGCCAAAGCUGCAGUAGAAUCCUGCUCACGCGACCACUUUCCCUCCCUCAGUAUGUCCUGCUUUCCAGCUGAACCCAAACUACAAGUGGGUUUAAAAAAUAAACACCAAAAACCAAAAA